AGACUUUCGGCACCACCACUUUCUCUCUCUAUACAUACAGAAGUCCAAUAAUAUAUAAAAUUUAUAUUAGGGUUUUUGGUCUUUUCAUUUUGUUAUUCAAAUGACCACCAAUCCAAUUGCUCCACCAGCACCAGCAGAUGCUACUAAGGACUCUGAGGAGGAUUCCUCUUCCGCUAACUCUAACGCAGUUCUUGAAGCUUCCAAGUCUCCCGACAAGGUGGAAAUUGCCGAGGACGGUGUUGGAGCUGCGGGGGUGACGGACAAGGACACUGCCAUGGCCACGGCGGUGGUAGCAGCAACAGCAGCAGCAGAUGAUCCCAUGGAGGAGGAUCCAGUUGGUCCCGCGACGGUUUUUUGCAUCCGGCUUAAACAGCCUAGGUCGAACUUGCUGCAUAAAAUGAGUGUGCCGGAGCUCUGUCGUAAUUUCAGUGCUGUUGCAUGGUGUGGAAAGCUGAAUGCCAUAGCAUGUGCAUCUGAAACUUGUGCAAGAAUCCCAAGUUCAAAUGCAAACCCACCGUUUUGGAUCCCCAUACAUAUUGUGAUCCCAGAGCGUCCAACUGAAUGCACAGUUUUUAACGUUAUUGCAGAUUCACCUCGUGACUUGGUUCAAUUUAUUGAGUGGUCCCCUACUUCUUGUCCUCGUGCUCUUCUCAUUGCUAAUUUCCAUGGAAGAAUAACUAUCUGGACUCAACCUUCUCAAGGUCCGGUUAAUCUGGUAAGAGAUGCUAGCUGUUGGCAGAAAGAAUAUGAAUGGCGGCAGGAUAUUGCAGUUGUAACUAAGUGGAUGUCAGGGGUGUCUCCGUAUAGGUGGCUUUCAUCAAGGUCUGGUAAUGCCUCUAAGUCAAUAUUUGAGGAGAAAUUCCUUUCCCAGCAACCACAACCUCCAGCUGGAUGGCCAAAUUUUCUGUGUGUAUGCUCUGUCUUCUCAUCAGGAUCUGUUCAGCUCCAUUGGUCACAAUGGCCACCCAAUCAGAGUGGUGAACCAUCAAAGUGGUUUUGUACAAGCAAAGGGCUCUUGGGAGCUGGACCCAGUGGCAUCAUGGCUGCAGAUGCUAUCAUAACAGAUUCUGGAGCCAUGCAUGUGGCAGGUGUUCCAAUUGUGAAUCCAUCUACUGUAGUUGUUUGGGAGGUUACACCUGGUUCUGGGAAUGGAUUUCAAGCAACUCAGAAGGCAAGUGUGAGCAAUGGGGUUCCACCAUCACUUAAUCCUCCUUCAUGGGAUGGUUUUUCUCCUCUGGCUGCAUAUUUGUUUAGCUGGCAAGAGUUUUUAUUACAAGAAGCAAAACUAGGGAAGAAACAUACAGAGCAAGACUACAGUGACAUGGUAGUUCUUCAUUGUUCACCAGUUUCCAACUUUUCUGCAUAUGUGAGUCCUGAGGCUGCAGCUCAGUCAGCUGCUAACACUACAUGGGGUUCUGGUGUCACUGCUGUUGCAUUUGAUCCUACUCGUGGUGGUUAUGUGAUAGCUGUUGUGAUAGUUGAGGGACAAUACAUGUCCCCUUAUGAUCCUGAUGAAGGCCCUUCAAUCACGGGAUGGAGAGUUCAACGUUGGGAAUCAUCUGUGGAGGAUGUUGUUCUCCAUCAAAUAUUUGGUAAUCCCACAUCCAGUUUUGGUGGUCAGGCACCAAAGCAGACAGUGUGGGUGAGUAAAGUAAUUAAAUGCAUUCCAGCAUCUAAUGAUUUCAAGUGUCCCCGAGCAGCAGGAGCCAUACCUGCGUCUGGUGUACAAAAUGUUUCUGACAGUGCUGUUGAGAUGGCAAAGAGGGUCUCUUUUGAUCCUUUUGAUCUUCCAAGUGAUAUUAGAACCCUUGCCCGGAUUGUUUAUUCUGCUCAUGGGGGUGAAAUCGCAGUUGCUUUUUUACGAGGAGGGGUUCAUGUAUUCUCAGGUUCAAGUUUCACCGCUGUUGACAGCUACCAUAUUAAUGUUGGGUCUGCAAUCGCUGCUCCUGCUUUCUCUUCAACCAGUUGUUGCUCAGCUUCUGUUUGGCAUGAUACGAGCAAGGAUUGUUCCAUAUUGAAGAUAAUCCGUGUUCUGCCCCCUGCUGUUCCUAGUAAUCAGGUGAAAGCUAACUCUGCGACAUGGGAACGUGCUGUUGCAGAGAGAUUUUGGUGGAGUCUUUUAGUGGGGAUUGAUUGGUGGGAUGCUGUUGGGUGUACACAAAGUGCUGCAGAAGAUGGCAUUGUUUCAUUGAACAGUGUCAUUGCAGUAUUGGAUGCAGACUUCCACUCUCUUCCCUCUACACACCACAGGCAGCAAUAUGGACCUAGUCUAGACAGGAUAAAAUGUAGGCUUCUAGAAGGUACAAAUGCUCAAGAAGUCAGGGCUAUGGUACUUGACAUGCAAGCAAGGUUGCUAUUGGAUAUGCUUGGCAAAGGAAUUGAAUCAGCUUUAGUGAAUCCUUCAGCUUUGUUCCCAGAACCAUGGCAAGCAUCAAGCGAAACACUAUUUGGUACUGAUCCUGAAGCAAUGGCUGUUGAUCCACUUCUAGUUCCAAGUAUCCAGGCUUAUGUUGAUGCAAUACUUGAUCUAGCAUCUCACUUUAUUACACGUUUGCGGCGUUAUGCAAGUUUUUGCCGUACAUUAGCAAGUCAUGCUGUUACUGCAGGCACCGGUGGGAGUCGGAAUAUGGUGAGCAGUCCUAUCCAAAGUUCUGCUCCUCCUACAACAACUCAGGGGGCUCAAGGUGGCACUGCAAGUUCUACUGGAAGUACACAGAUGCAAGCAUGGGUACAGGGUGCUAUAGCUAAGAUUAGUAGCACUGCUGAUAGUGUUCCAAGUUCAGCCCCGAACCCGAUUAGUGGUCCAUCAACUCUUAUGCCAAUAAGUAUCAAUACUGGCACUUUUCCAGGAACUCCUGCAGUUAGACUUAUUGGGGAUUGCCAUUUUCUUCACCGACUAUGUCAACUUUUGCAUUUCUGUUUUUUCUUUCGUCGAACACAAUUGCCCCAGUAUAUUCAAAAGAAAGGUGACUCUUCUAUGCAAAAACCUCAACCCAUUUCUCUUGCCAAAGUAGAAGAAUCCAACUCUGUUUCUAAACCAACAGCAGGCGGUCAACUUGGCUCUGGCGGAAAGGGAUCUGAGGAUGGUCUAUCUAACCGGUCAAGGAUAGGUUCUGGCAAUGCUGGACAAGGAUACACAUAUGAUGAGGUGAAGGUUCUGUUUCUUAUUUUAAUGGAUCUUUGCCGUCGGACAGCAGGGCUGGCACAUCCAUUGCCAGUUUCUCAAGUUGGGAGCAGCAACAUUCAGAUUCGGCUUCAUUACAUAGAUGGGAACUAUACUGUUUUACCAGAAGUUGUGGAAGCUUCCCUUGGCCCGCAUAUGCAGCAGAAUAUGCCACGGCCAAGAGGCGCAGAUGCUGCAGGUUUGCUACUUCGUGAGUUAGAACUCCAUCCUCCUGCAGAAGAAUGGCACAGGAGGAAUAUGUACGGUGGUCCCUGGUCUGAUCCGGAGGAUAAUGGUUCAUUGGAUAACUCUAGACUUAGCCCCUCCAGAGACUUGCUCGAGUGUAGCUCAUCUGAAUACUGUGAUGUUCACUACGGAGCUCAUGGUUUAUGGCCAAGGAAACGUAGAAUGUCUGAGCGAGAUGCAGCCUUUGGCUUGAAUACUUCAGUAGGUCUGGGUGCAUAUCUUGGUAUAAUGGGAUCUCGUAGAGAUGUCGUGACCGCCAUCUGGAAGACCGGGCUUGAAGGAGUUUGGUACAAGUGCAUAAGAUGUCUGCGACAGACUUCCGCUUUUACUCCACCAGGCGCCACUCCCGGGAAUCAUAACGAGAGGGAAACAUGGUGGAUCAGCCGCUGGGCAUACGGUUGUCCAAUGUGCGGUGGGACAUGGGUUCGCGUUGUAUAGCCUUGAAAAUAUCGCUUUCAGCAUUGAAGAUGCCUGUUGGUUUUAAGCUUGCUUGCGCCAGUUAGUCGAUGCUUUCUCCCAGUUGUGGCGCUGACAUUUACGGCUUAGAAUGUUUUUGGGCAUUUCAUCAGGAGAAACAAAAACUCAGGUCUGGAAUCCUAGGAUUUUUGUGAGGGUUGGCGGAGUCUUUGUUGUGUGUAUAAAUGUACAGACAAAUUUAAAUCUUGGUAUAUUUCUGAAGGUACAUAUGCAUUGCGUUUUCCUUUCAAGAAACUGGGCACAUAUAUAGAAUUAAUUGACAAUAUGCGAUUGAUUACA